UAUCAGAGCUUAAUCUGCUCUUCUUCUCUUUUUUCAUGUGAUGUUGUUCGGAAGUACUGGUAGUGUAGUUUCUUCUGCUUUUGUGUUUAUUAAGACUCUUUUCCUUUCCUCUUAAAACUCAAUGACCAAGUUAGACUACUUUUAUAUCCUCUCUCUAUUAAUGAAAAAAUCUGCCUCUUGACUGAGCCAAGAAACAAAAAAUAGUACUAAUCUGUAGUAUUCUGCUAUUGUUUUGUAGGCUGCUGUUAGGUAUCUUUCAAGCUAUUCCUUGUUGAUUGCUCCAUCAUAGUAUAUAAUUGAUACCUUUGACCAUUAAUUGCAAGUUCUUGUUGUUUCUCCCAUUCCAAGCCAAAGUUCCUAGUGCAUCCAGAGUCAGCUUGUCCAAGUCAAGUGCAAUACGAGAUCAGUUUCUUCAAAUGCAAGAAUUAUACAUGUUUGGUCUUCCAAAAACUAAGCCAUUGAGAUCCCUUCAAUAUUUUAAAGAUUUGUUACAGAUGAUGGAGUAAGGGUUCAAGGCAAUAUAGAGUGUAUGUUCUUAAUUUCAGGUCUCCAGGACACUGGAGAUUUUGCCUUUUCACUCACUGUUACCUUGCAAGUCACCCUGUUUCUGAUAAAUUGUUUAAUCAGUAAUUUCUUUUCAACAAUUGUUGCAUGAUUAUGGCAGACAUUUAUUUAUUUUCCAUAUUAUAUUCUUACAUGCUAGUGAGCAGUGACAGAAUAAGUUUGUUGCCUGUACAAUUUCACAUAUUUUUUUGUUUUUGGCUAGAGAUUUCACAGACUUGGAAAAGUUUUAAAAGAAUAUAUAAUAGUAAUGAGAACAAUGACAAGUGGAAAUCUAAUCAUCGUCAAAACUAACUAAUUAUCAUUAUUUUAACCAUUCUUAAACAAAGGGAUGAAGUUAAGAUUCAUUUAAACUAACUUGUACUUACUAAAACCUCCAUAACCAUUAAAGAGUGGGAGAUUAAAGAAAACAGAACACAAGUAAAUAUGAUUAAUAUUUCUCUGUUUGAUUUUUCUUUUGGGUUUUUCCCCACCUUGUUUAGUUUGGCUUCUACAAAUGUCAUUUAUUCACCCAAAAUGUGAAUAUUUAAUAUCAAAUGAGAGGAAUAUUCUCAUAGCAAUAACAAAACGAAUGGGAAUAUUCCUUUUGGGUUAUCAAAGGUGCAAGAUAUAAAAGCAAUAGAUGGAAACCAAGGUCAAGACUUAUCUGUACCUGAAUCAAACAUUCAAAUUCAUAUCUGUAAUAGUAGAAUGCCAGGAAUGCAAUCCAGAGUAGGAUAUUUUACCAAAAUAAUGCAUUUGCUUCCCAUUGUAUAUAUGAACAUGAGCCAUGGAUGUUUUCCACAUCAACAAGCCAUAUUUUUUCCUUAAUACAAAUCACUGCCUUCAGUUUACACUUCCCAGAAACAAAUCUCAAAAUGGCUAGGCUUUCUUGGGCUCCCAUUGCUUUCCUUCUCUUCCUAGCUUUGGCCUUUACCAUUCAAACAGCAAGGGCUGGUGGGGAAGGAUCCCUUAAACCUGAAGAGUGUGAAGGUGCAUGCGAGGUUCGGUGUUCAGCAACAUCUCACAAGAAGCCAUGUCUAUAUUUCUGCAACUAUUGCUGUGACAGAUGUUUGUGUGUUCCUUCUGGUACAUCUGGCAAUAGGGAGGAAUGUCCAUGCUACAACAACAUCAAAACAAAGGAAGGUGCCAAUAAGUGCCCUUGAAAAAUUAAGCACUGAAGAGCAUGAAGAGGAAAAAUA